AUGACGAGCGUUCUACCCAGCGUUGAUGCCGAGUUUGAAUCUCCAGGCAGGCUAACCCUGCGCAGCUGGGUGCUUGAUAUCACCCGCUCCCCGUUUGCGGAAACCGGUGGUCUGUUCCAGGCAGCCUGCCAUGUCUGCUUCCUUCCACCAUCACGACGAUGGAUAUUCAACGCGACCAACCGUUUGAACGAGACGUCAAGUUUCGACGAACAGAGCUUCAACGGAUCGCCGGCGGAGCAGUACAACAAGGAUAUUACCCUGAUAUUACUAAGUUUGCAGAGGAAGGUUUCAACAGAUUGUUUCUUCUACGCGCAAAGAAUGUCAACCAAAAUCAUCAGUAUCAUCGAUUGGCAGGAUGCUGUAAUAUUCCCCCGCUUUAUACAAGCGGGGUAUCCCCCAUUCUUUAAGCACGAUUCCUCCCAACCUCAGAGUAUGCACAAUGCAAAACUGUCUGUCGCUUAG